GCACCGCAUUCUGCCUCACGAUACAGACGACCAUAUUUUCCAUUCCGACAGCAAACUGAACUCGCCAAGAUGUCGCCCAAUAUGUCGCUGUUCAGCGUCAACGCUAUCCUCGUGCUCUCGACUGACGACUCGUCCCGCAUCCUGGCGAAAUACUACAGCCCACCGCAUAUCCCCUCCAACGCUCAGGGCAACAACUACCCCGGCGCGCAACCUUAUCAGACACUCAAAGAUCAAAAAGCAUUCGAGAAAGGAUUGCUGGAGAAGACGGCGAAGCAGACUAGCGAUGUCAUCCUCUACGACAACCGAGUGGUGGUAUUCAAGAAUGAGGCAGAUGUAAUGCUGUACGUUGUGGGAGGCAGCGAUGAGAACGAGAUCAUGCUGUACAAUGUGGUGCUGGCAUUGCGGGACAGCUUGAACAUUCUGUUGAAGAACUCUGUCGACAAGCGCACGUUGAUCGAAAACUAUGACCUUGCUUCCCUUGCGAUCGACGAGAUCGUAGAUGACGGUAUCAUCCUCGAGACCGAUCCUGUCAUCAUUGCCAGCCGAGUCAGCAGACCGCCGGUCCAGGAUAUUCCAAACAUGCAAGGAAUCGAUCUUUCAGAAGAGGGGUUGCUCAAGAUAUAUCAAUUCGGCAAGCAAAAGUUGGGCGAGAGGUUACGACAAGGAUUGUGAGGGGAUAUUUGCGGGCAUCUGCGGGCCUUGAAGUCAUAGCGAUGGAGUUUUGGAGUUCGGGGUUGGCCAAAGGGAAGAGGAAUCGUGCUGAAUGAAGAACCCAAGAAUUGCAGAUUCGUGUGUUCCAAGGAGACUGGUAUGGUAUGAACACUACAAAUGAGGUAGAGACCUCACUGCAAACACUGCCGAGAACGCCUUUCGCGAGUAUAUCAGCAUGACCGAGUCAGAAUAUGAACUCGUGGACAUCUGCAUUAAGCUUCACUCCCAUCUUCAGAGGGGCCACCUCUCGUCCGGCAGAGUUACAGGCACAGAGCUCUAUCACGAG